AUGGCCUACGACAAUAGCUCACAACAAGCGCAGGCCAGCACCAACUACAAGGAAGCCUUCCAGCUGUUCGACAAGCGCGGCAACGGGCGCGUGACCGUCGACUCGCUGGGCGACCUUCUGCGCGCCUGCGGCCAGAACCCCACGCUGGCGGAGAUCAAGGAGCUCGAGAAGACUGCGGGCUCGGACUUCGACUUCGAGACCUUCUCCAAGAUGCUGAACCGGCCCGGCGGCUUCCGCGACCCCGGCGACGUCGACGAGUACUGCCGCGGCUUUGAAGUCUUCGACCAGAACCGCACGGGCUUCAUCGGCGUCGGCCAGCUGCGCUAUAUUCUGACGAACCUGGGCGAGAAGAUGACGGACGACGAGGUGGACGAGCUGCUCAAGGCUGUCGAUACCAGCUCGGGCGAGAUCCAGUACAGAGACCUCGUCUCCACGAUCCUGGCCAACUAA